GUACGACUGCACCUAUUUUCCGAGAUACGAACGGGUCGACCAAACAAGUCAUUCAAAGCCGCUUUCGGCUCACGAUGGACCAUCCAUUAGGCCUCUCACCAGGCUGGACGGAUGCGACUACCCACUGCUUGACGGAUGCUCAUUUUGAGGUCACAGAGGUGGGAAGCACUUGUCAAAUAGGUCCAAUGUUUGUUCAUCUCCAAUGUUUGGAGCCUGCAAGCAUGGUCUUGUGCGCGACUGAGUUGAUAUAUCGCCUCUGAUCCAGUGAUGAACACAGACGAUGAAACACAUCCUUGAACUCUGCCAAGCCUCCAAAGAGCAGACGCUGGUUUCUUGAGGAACACACAGGUUGUUUGCAUGAUCUCAUGUCGAUAGGUCCAAGGGUUCCGGAGCGACACGCCGGAGCAUCACACACCUGGACAGUAUGGCCUGUGUUUCUUUUAUACAUGGGGGUCAUGUCCCAUUCCAGGCGCACAAAACCAAAGAAAGAACACUGAAUCACUGAAUCAGGUAGCUGCCCUACCCAGAGUGAAACUGGCCCAAACCCCAUGUCUGUUCCGCACUCAGCAGCCCAGACGUUCCGUGAUGAUGGCCAAAUCCAGAACCCGGGCUCAACCCGAGGAUUCGAUUCCAGGACGGACGGGAACCAGUUCGCCGGCAUCAAUCAGCCGACCGCAGGUCCCAGAUACGAGGCAGAGCUUCCCAAAGGUUCGGCUCCUUUGCAGCUGUACUCGUUGGCCACGCCCAAUGGGUGGAAAAUCGGCAUCCUCUUAGAGGAGCUUGGGGUGUCCUACGACGCGCAUGUGGUGAACAUCGGUGUUGGUGAGCAGUUUAGCUCUGGCUUCGUUGGUGCGAAUCCCAAUUCGAAGAUUCCUGCUUUGAUCGACCAUGAAGGCCCUGAUGGUUCUCCGAUGGCUAUCAUGGAGAGUGUGGCCAUGAUGCUCUACCUGGCUGAGAAGUGUCAAGCCUUCUAUCCCAGCAACCCCAGGGAGCGCUGCGAGUGCUUGCAGUGGCUCUUUUGGCAAGUCGGGGGUCAAGGGCCCAUGACGGGGAACUUUGGGCAUUUCAAAGUCUAUGCGCCGAGCCAUGAGGUGGACGCGCGGAACUAUGGCGUGGCACGCUAUGGCAUGGAGGUGCAGAGGCUUUGUUCCGUUUUGGACCGACACCUGGCCGGACAUGGAGACUUCUCCGGUGACACGAAGAAGCCAGGGACCUCGAGCCGAGCCUAUUUGGUCGGCGACCAGUAUUCCAUCGCGGACAUGGCCUGCUUCCCUUGGGCGUACAUGCUUUGGGGCAAAGGCUACAAUCGCCCUGACCAGCCGGAUGCCAAGGACUUUUUGGGCCUUGAGAAGUAUGUGCACCUGAAAGCUUGGGUGGCAGGCUCUCCGAAGCCAUGGCUCAAGAAGGAUUCAUCCAAGCUCUGAGCUGGUGAAAAGAUGGGCGGAAGGAAGAGCG